AUGUGGGAAUUUACAUCUGAAAUUCCACCAUUUAAUAAUAAAGCACAUGAUCUUCAACUUGCUUUAAGUAUUUGUAAAGGUGAACGUCUUGAAAUUAUUGGAAAUACUCCACAAUGUUAUAUAGAUUUAAUGAAAAAAUGCUGGAAUGAAAAUCCAUUAAAAAGGCCAUCUUCUAAAGAAGUUUUAGAUAUUAUUAAAAAUUGGAUUAUUCGUCCUUUGGGUGGAGAUAUUAAUGAAGAAUUGAAAAGCAAUAUUAUGGAAUUUAUAAAUGCACCAAUUGAGCAUAAUAAUCUUAUUGUAGAAUCUCAUCCAAAAGCAUGCUAUACAAGUCAUUUACUUGAUUUUACUAGUAAAGAAUUAAAUGAACUUUUAAUUCUAGAAGAUCCUCGGGAAUUAAUUGAACUAAAACAAAAAUAUCAAAGUUCUCAUAAUGAAUUACAAAAUAUUCAAAUGGAAUUAACUUUACAAAAUGAAGAAUUUGCAAAAAAAGAAA